GACGAGGGAGAGAUUCACUGGAGCACGGGAGCAGAGCUGCUGCUUGCUGGAGAGAGAACAUGGAGCGGGCAAGAAGACACGCCCAGCAGUGAGCAGAUGUUUUGGCUGCUCGACUGUGCACGCUCUAUUGCCCGCGCUUCGCUCCUCAAGGAACCUCCGGUUGUGCAUUAAAUCCUCACGCACCAGAUCAUGAAGUUUUGGACCUCGCCUCUCCUGAUCGGUAUACCCAGCGCUCUGUCUCUCUGCCUCUCCCCAUCUCGUGACAGGCGGCAAUUCUCUACUUCCCGCUGCAGCUGCGUGAGGUGCUUCGAUCUUCCUCGAGUCCAUUCAAUUCCGUUCCGUCUGACUGAAUGGGAAUUCGAUGUUUCUGAAUGCGCAUGCUUCGGACCCCGGUCUGGCCCUCCAGAGUCCAGUCCAGCACUAUCCUUCGAGGGUCUUGUUUCGCUAGACGAUCUCGGAAGAGGAAAUUGUCGCAGUUCUCACGGGAGGAGUGGAUUAUCUUCCAUUCCACUGCGGCUUUGGAAUUUGCUGUCUAUCACUUCGCUGGAGGGACUGCAUUGGCUCGUCCAGGACUUCGAGAUCCUUGAGCAACUUCUCGCCCGUGUCUACGUUUCACGAGCACGUAUUGAUUGCAGCUCGAGACAGCCCGAGAUUCACGUCGAGUCCGACUUGACCGACCGACCGACACUCUCGAGAUUCAUACAUUGCUCUUCUUCGCCCGUCGAUGAAACGAGUACAGCGAGUAUCAGAUCACGAUUGACUUCCUUGUAAUUGUGUCACCGAGGCUAGUAAAGCUCCAAUACCACGGAGCGGAGACCAGGGACAUUGACAGAAGUAGAGUCAUCGGUCGACGCCGUGCAUGUACAUGAAUGAGUACAUAGAACGAUUGCAGUCGACUGGUGAAAUUGCUUCCACCGAUCGGCCACUGAAUCGCGGUGCUCCACGCGCCCGAUCAGACCGACCUCCGAUGUUUGCAGCUUUUAGAUGACACGGCAUUUUAUCGACGAUUUGCAGUCGCCGUCUCGGAGAGGAGAGGAGCGGAGCGUACAUUUCCUCUUACAGCAGCUCUCCAAUACGAGGCUCGGUGUUUUGGUGACUGUGGUCACGGAGAUGGAGAUGGAGAUGGAGAUGUAGCCAUGACCUCUUGAGACGAGGAAGAUCAUCAUAAGAAUCGGAGAGGGAAGAUUGCUGCGUCAAUUGGUCGAAAAUAUCACAUCGCUGACAGUGGGCGGCUGAGGGAGGGCCGAGAUGGCCACCUUCGCGGACAUAGCGACCUCGGCGCUCAUCAAUUUGCUCAGCAGCUUCUUGUUUCUGCUGGCAUUCUCCGUGCUGCGACUGCAGCCCCAGAAUGCGCGCGUCUUCUACCCCAAGUGGUACAUCAAAGGCGUCCGCAAGCCGUCCAGGCAAACGGGAGGGCACAAGCGACUCUCCCUCUCGCACUACGUCAACUUGGACUACAAGGCCUACUUGCGGCUCCUGAGCUGGAUGUGGGACGCCAUCCUCAUGCCCGAGGAAGAGCUCAUCGAGCAUGCGGGCCUCGACUCCGCUGUCUUCCUCCGCAUCUUCCUCUUGGGGUUGAAGAUCUUUUCGCCGAUGGCGGGACUCGGGUUUCUCAUCCUGCUGCCCAUCAAUGCUACGGAUAACAACCUGCAAUUCAAGAUGGCCAAGAAUCCGAACAAUCCGUCUUUCAGUGACGUCGAUAAGCUGUCCAUAUCCAAUGUGCAGGACAAGUCGCCCAGGUUGUGGGCGCACUUGUUGAUGACGUAUAUAUUCACAAUAUGGACCUGCAAAAUGCUCUACAUGGAGUACAAAGCUGUCGCUAACAUGCGCCUCCAUUUCCUAGCCACCAAGAAGCGGUCGCCGGAUCAGUUUACAAUAUUGGUCCGACAGGUGCCUCCAGAUCCGAAGAGGUCUGUCUUCACUACUGUUGAGGAUUUCUUCAAAAGCAAUACGCCCGAUUAUCUUCUUGCUCAGAUCGCUUGCAUACAGAUUGUCUACGAUGCAAACAGGCUUGGCAAGACAUUGGACAAGAUAUCGCGCAUGGAAAACUGGCUAAAUUACUACCAGAACAAGUUUGACAGGCAUCCCCUUAAGAGGCCGAUUAAAAAGAAGGGCUUCCUUGGUCUGUGGGGAGAAGAAGUAGAUGCCAUCAACUACUACAAAACAGAAAUUGAGAGGAUGAAGAUUGAGGCAGGGAAGGAGCAGGACGAAGUAAUGAGCGACCCCAAGUCGAUUAUGCCGUCAGCAUUCGUCUCCUUCAAAAGCAGAUGGUCGGCAGCUGUUUGUGCUCAAACUCAUCAAACCAGAAACCCGAACAAGUGGAUCACAGAAUGGGCUCCAGAGGUCCGGGACGUGUACUGGCCCAGUUUGGCCAUCCCAUAUCUGAGCCUCACCAUGCGCAACGUGGGCAUGGGAGUUGCUCUAUUUUUCUUGAUCUUUUUUUUCAUGAUCCCCGUUUUGGCUGUGCAAUCGCUGGCCAACUUGGAUGGAAUCGUCAAGAAGUUCACCUUUAUCAAGCCUCUGGUUGAAAUGCCUGCAGUCAAGUCUUUUCUGCAAGGUUUUAUGGCUGGGUUGGCGUUGAGAAUUUUCGUGGCCCUGUUGCCCAUGAUUCUCAUGUUCAUGUCCAGAUUUGAGGGUCAUCUGUCUCGAUCUGCACUGGAUCGGAGAGCAGCAACGAAGCUCUAUUACUUCAUGGUGGUCAAUGUAUUCUUCGGCAGUGUCAUCACUGGAUCCCUCAUUGAGCAGCUAUGGGCAAUUAUCAACAGUCCUUCUAUUGCCAACAUUUUGAAAAAUCUAGGGUACCUGAUCCCCAUGAAGGCCACUUUCUUCAUCACCUUCAUCAUGGUCGACGGGUGGGCAGGUGUAUCGAUGGAGAUAGUCCGGGUCUAUGCUCUAGUAAUUUAUCAUCUCAAGAACAUGUUCCUUGUGAAGACGGAGAAGGACAGAGACGAGGCAAUGGCCCCGGGAAAUCUUCUGCUGAACGAGAACAUUCCGCGUUUGGAGCUGUACUUCCUGCUGGGAAUUGUCUACUCGGUCACCACGCCUAUAAUCCUCCCCUUUAUCAUGGUGUUCUUCGCCUUCGGAUACUUGGCCUACCGCAAUCAGGUUAUCAAUGUCUAUGAUCCUGAUUAUGACAGUGGCGCAGCAUUCUGGCCUCACGUACACGGACGAAUCAUAGUUGCCAUGAUCAUCGAGCAGUUGACCCUGAUCGGUUUGUUCACAAUCAAGGGACCUGUGGGCUUUGCACAGACUGACGUCAGGAAUAAAUCACUUUCGGCUGCCACCUUCAUGAAAGAAAUGCUGAGCUCUACACCAUUUCUUGUUGCUCUACCCAUCGGCACGAUGAUCUUCCACGUUUACUGCAAAAAGCGCUUCCGUGCAGCCUUUCAGUUUUAUCCAAUGGUGGAGGCAAACGAGAAGGAUCGACAGGAGGAGAAGGACACUCCAGACCUGGACCUACAAAAGUACCUCGACAAAUCAUACUUGCAUCCGGUACUGAAGGAAGAGCAAGAGGUCCAGGGGAGAUUCAGAACGGUGAAGACCCUGCGAAGACGCUCUAAAGACCUGGAGGAAGUAGAGAGUGGCAGCGACGAUGAAGGUGGUCGACAUCUGGGCCUGGAGGGCGAUUUACCAGCAGCCCACUUGGAAGAGCUGGAAGCUGUACCUUACACUCCCCCUUACGAUUCUCAAAUCUCCAAGUCCUCUGAGCUGCUCCUCGAUCCUUCUCACAGACAUCCGCACCUGAAGAGCGACGGAUCAUCGUCCAAACUUUACUACGACUCUCUCCCCACUUCUUCAUCGUCCAGGUCCAGCAAUCAGCGAGAGUAAUAUUGAGAAAAGUCGAUCGUUCCACUCGCAAUUGUCUCACUUUCUCUGUCUUCACUAACCGCAAAUUGACGGCAUUUAAGUGGUUGUCGGACUGCAUCCAUCUGCCAAGUCGUGGAUGUAUAACAGGGUCGUCCGCGUUCCCCUCUGCGAAUUGGAAGAAGUCAGUGAACGCAAGGGCUGAGUUAAUUAAGUGGACAUCCCCGGUGCAUGAAGUCUUGCCCGUAACUGGAUCCCGAAGGUGACGACGAGGAUGGUCGGCUCACAAGUGAGAAACAAAAGCUCCCUUCAUUCACUGGGCUGCUUUUGAUACAAGUCGAACUUGGUGAAGCUUCCAUCAGCAAUCUCGUAGUGGGGAAAACCUGAAUCUGACCAAGAGAGAAAACCAGAACUCUGGACUUAGCUUAGCUUAGGAUGGCCUUCAAAGCAUUUGACCCCUCUUGAAAGUCAAACCGACCAUCAUAGACACAAUCGACACGAGUAUCAUAGCUCUUUCCUUCCAUUGUACCUCUUUCAUUCUUGUUCGAAGCUGGUAGGAUUUACCGGCCUAGUCAGCUUAGACGGCACGUUGUGGAAAUAGUAGGACAUCUACACGCAAUGCCAUUGCAUUGCCUUGAGAGCACCAAUGGCACGCAGCGAGCGGAUGACGAGGAACCUGGAUCAGUGCCAGCACUCGUAUCUGGUGACUGUAAGCCUUCCGAGUUUGUGCUUUUGUAACAGUACGGUAGAUGAAAUAGAUUUGCAAAUGAGCCAACAGUUCCUGAACUUCCUUUGGCAACUGACAACCAUAGAUAAAUUCAAUACACACACAUUCAAUCACAACUUACCGGCACAUAUUUACGGCUUCUGGUCCAUCAUGGUAGAACCUUCCAACUUUGUGCCUCGUCAGGGUCCCGACGAGGUACAGAGUUUUGGAGGAACAUGUGCAGGUACUUCCUCCGGAUGAUACUGCAGGGUAGCAUGCUAAAACCUGCACAUUUAUAAACACGGUGGGACAGGAGCCUCAAUCUCUCCGCCCAAUGUAAGUAAGAUGACGAUUUCAUGUGAAUCCAUUAAGCCC